UCCCUCGGCAGUCUUUAAUAAGGAAAAACAGUAGAGUCUAUCUACGCCAUAGUUUGUUUGGGUCGUGUGGAACAUCAACGCUCAGGAUGUGGUUUACGUGGUUUCCUAUUUCUUGUUAAAUUUAAUAUAGUCGGAUGUUUUCUAAAUUGCUAUGCGUUGAAUUGGAGUUUAGCAGUGAUACAUUCAGUGUUAUGCUGUCGGCUUGUUGAAUGAGCUCUUGCAGCCUAAAAGCACUUGCAGGCCGGCUGAGCGAAGCCAAAGAAAACACAACACCCAACUGGAAAGAUUGUAUAGCAAACCACAAUAAAAGAUAUGGCUGACGACCCCCAGAGAAAUUUUCGCUCUGCGUAUUACGAAAAGGUGGGGUUUCGAGGAGUGGAAGAAAAGAAAUCCUUGGAGAUUCUGCUGAAAGACAACCCUUUAGAUGUUGAGAAACUGAGCACUUUCAGCCAAAGGUUUCCCCUCCCAUCAAUGUACAGGAUCCAUGUGUGGAAAGUUUUGCUGGGUAUACUGCCACCGCACAGUGACUCUCAUGCUCUGGUGGGAGGAUACAGAAGGGAGCAGUAUGAGAACAUUCUCGAGGCCUUGGAGGCAAUGAGGUUCAUCAAUUCAUCCACUCCGAACACAGAGGUCUACCUGCGCAUGUUUCAGCUGGAGGGCCAAGUUCUGCCGCGACGGUCCGAAAUCCCUCCAAUGGGGGAGGAAGAUGAGGACUUCCUGUCUAUUAGCAGAGCCAUGGAGGAGAUUGUUGUAAAUCCUAUGGAUUGCUAUUGGCUAAUAAAGUGUUUUCACAAUCAGUUCAACACCAAAUUUGGAGAUUCGUUACCCCAUCUUCCCAAGAGUCUGCAGCACUACCUGAACCAGGAGGAACCCCGGCUCCUGAAUCAUCUGAAAAUCACGGGCGCCUUGGCCCAGCUGCCCUAUAACCCCUGGUUCAACCGCUGCUUUGCUGGCACCUUGCCAGAGUCUAGCCUGCAAAGAGUAUGGGACAAAGUGAUCAGUGGCUCGUGUAAGAUCCUGGUGUUUGUUGGACUUGAGAUUCUGCUCAGCUACAAGAUCAUUCUCAUGGGCAUGAACCGGCCGGAGGUUGUGGUGAAAUUUCUGGGCAAUAUACCCCAAGAGAACACGGAUGCCAUCGUGACCAAAGCCAUAGACCUAUGGCACAAGUACUGUGGCACGCCGAUGCAUUCUGUAUAACCGUGUGGACCUAUAGGUGCCGAAGGACUGUAAGCACAGCGUUACGAGACCCACCAUCAGCUUUAAAGAGAAAGCGAUGACAUGACUAAAAACUCAUCAUCAGUAGACUUGCCCCUUGACUCGCCGGUUCAUUUGCGGAGGUCUUCAAGACAAAAACAUGUUGGAAAAUACCACAAGGAUGCAGACAUGGAUUCAGUGUUAGUUUUUUCCUUAGUAUUUAUGUUUCAUUCUUUAAGAAACUGCAUACAUUAUAGAAGACUCACAAUAAAUUAACAAUCACAUGCAGUUUUUCCCACUAUACAAAAAAUUUUUUUUUUUUUUUAGAUCACUGGUUGCUUUAUGUACACAUGUAAAAAUUCUGACAAUUAUAACAUUUGUCAAAACAUUUAAAAAGUAGUACAAGGUACAGUAAGAUCACUGACCCUUCUAAAACACAAGCACACACCCAUUCGUACACAUUCAUGAGACCGGGUAACCGUCAAUUGAGCUGUAAGUAUACUGUAAACAACAUUUGAAUAAAGGGUGGCAGGUUUUUCUGUAUUCAUUAGUGCCAGGGUUGCAUUACAUUUGUAUUUGAUAUUGUCCAGAAACCAGGCAUCGUAUCAGAGAUUAUGCAAAGACCAAGAACUAAUACCAAGAGGAAUGUCAAACAUUAAAGCAACUCAAGUUCUUUUUGGAAAAAGA